CGGCGUGCAGACGCAGGGGAGAGAAGUGUGCUCCGCAAGCCGUCUGCGGCCUGUCGCUCUGUGCCCCCAGCCCCAGGCACAGAGGUCGUCAGGUGGGACGACGCCACGCCGCCGCUCGCUUCCCGCGCCGGCGCCGCCCCCUCGCCUCCGCUCCAACCGCAGCUGAAAAUGAAGAAGGCGCUUCCCCUAAAGGGCGGUUCGGCAGGCUUAAGGCAUGGAACGAAAUCUCCGAAGGAGCUGGAGAGCGUCUUGAAGCAGUAUUUUGGGUACUCGGAGUUUCGAGGAAGGCAGCUUGAGGCCAUAGAGGCUGUUCUUUCAGGAAGGGAUUGCUUCUGUUUGAUGCCAACUGGAGGUGGCAAGUCAAUGUGCUACCAGAUCCCUGCUCUAGUGAAGACAGGCGUUGUUCUUGUUAUCUCGCCCUUGAUAGCGCUAAUGGAGAAUCAGGUUAGCAGCUUGAAAAGUAAAGGAAUUCCAGCUGAAUUUCUCUCUUCCACACAAACAACUGCUAACAAAAACAAGAUACAUGAAGAUCUCGAUUCUGGCAAUCCUUCUUUAAAAUUGUUGUAUGUCACUCCUGAGUUAGUUGCAACAUCUGGCUUCAAGGCAAAAUUAACAAAGCUCCACAACAGGGGUCUUCUUGGUCUUGUUGCUAUUGAUGAGGCUCAUUGUAUUUCAACUUGGGGCCAUGAUUUCAGACCUAGCUACCGCAAAAUUUCAUCAUUGAGGAAGCAGUUCCCAGAUAUCCCGAUAUUGGCUUUGACUGCGACUGCUGUCCCAAAAGUCCAGAAAGAUGUGAUAUCAUCAUUGUCCUUGCAAAACCCAGUCAUUCUUAAAGCUUCCUUUAAUCGACCUAAUAUCUUCUAUGAAGUUCGUUACAAGGAUCUUCUUGAUGACGUUUAUUCUGAUAUAUCGAAUUUACUGAAGUCCAGCGGAAAUGUUUGCUCAAUCAUAUAUUGCCUUGAACGUGCUGCCUGUGAUGAUCUGACUAUGCAUUUGGCACAGCAGGGCAUCUCUUCUGCUGCUUAUCAUGCUGGCCUGAAUAGUAAAGUGCGAACUACCGUUCUUGAUGACUGGCUUUCAUCAAGGACUCAAGUUGUUGUUGCAACUGUAGCAUUUGGAAUGGGUAUUGAUAGACAAGAUGUCCGCAUUGUGUGCCAUUUCAACUUGCCUAAGUCAAUGGAAUCUUUCUACCAGGAGUCCGGACGUGCUGGUCGUGACCAACAGCCUUCCAGGAGUGUUUUGUAUUAUGGGUUAGAGGACCGAAGGAGAAUGGAGUUUAUUUUGAGAAACAGCAGCAGUAGAAAACAACAACCAUCUUCUUCUUCAACUGAGCUUUCAGAGAAGACCCUAGCCGACUUUAGUCAGAUAGUUGAUUAUUGUGAGAGUUCUAGCUGCCGACGAAAAAAGAUUAUUGAGAGUUUUGGAGAAAAGGUACAACCAACUUUAUGCCAACGCACGUGCGAUGCUUGCAAGCACCCAAAUCAAGUGUCCUCGCGUUUGGAGGACCUUGGGCGUGUGCCCAACUGUCGCUUUAACAAGAUAUCUCCAGUCUUCAAAAGCUCAUCAGUUGACCCAAAACACUUUGACACGGAAUUUUGGAACCGUGAAGAUGACGUAAGCAUAUCAGACGAAGAUAUAUCAGAUUCUGAUGAUGAGGAAGAGGCAGUGAGCAAUAUCGCCAUUUCAAAGCUUCCAUCAAAAGGAGGGUUUGAAGCAAGACUUGAUGCCUUGGAGCGUGCUGAAAAUGCUUACAAUCAAGCCAGUGGUCAAACUAAACCGCAGGGUGGCAACCUUGUUGACAAGAAGAGCAUAUCUCAGACUCUAAGAGAUGCAAGCAGGAAAAGAUUGUCGGGUGCGCUUGGACAAGCAAAGCUCCGUCUUGGGGAUCUGCGGUUUGCUGAAGAGGCUUCUGCUACACACCUUGAAACCGAGUGCUUCAAGAAGUAUCAGAAAGUGGGAAAGACGUUCUACAACUCCCAGAUAGCUGCCACGGUUCGGUGGCUGUCGUCUUCAACUUCUGACCAAAUCCACGGCCGACUUGAAGCCCUUACCAACCAGACUACAGAAGCUGGUGCAGCCACCAGCUCUCCUUGCAUCAUUUCUGAUGCUUUGGGCAAAGCUGAAAAGCCAGCAGAAGCUACAGUAAGCCAAGAGCUCGCGAAAACCGAGCUUUCUGAUGAGUUUGCAAAGACCAUGGCUUCAACUGAAAACAUGGAGCCUUCCUGGAUGUCACCACCUGAGAAAACAAUAGACGAAGAAGCGAGGAGAGAUGGCGCGAUCGGUACCAUGGACCUUCCCAAGAUACCAUCAUUCAGAGAAUUCAUGAGCCAGAAGGGAAGGGAUCGCGCAACCAGUUCUUCUAGGGCAGAGAGCCAGCCUCGCGGCAUUCCUAGAAAGGCUGGCCCUGUCAUCAGCAAGGAAGGAACGACAGGAACAUCAAAGAAGAUGAAACUAUGAGUGACUACUUCUCUGUUUUACAUGUUGACUUCCUCCCAAAAUUCCACAGUAGGAAUAUGACUAGAAUUUUUGCUGAUACAGUAAUCAAACACUGCAGUGCUGCUUCUCAAUGGAAGAUAUCCUCUCUUAAAAG